AUGACUUCGGUCGAGGAAUACUUGUUGAAGGAGCCCCAGCUCGACAUACAGAACGCCGACUCGUCGAGAGAUGACCUCCACCAGCCUUUACCGCCGUACGUCCUGCCACCCAAACCUCUGAGACCUCUGCGCAAGUAUUGCACCGUCAGAAAUGCCCUCAUCACCUUCGGCGUCUUUGUGGUCUACAUCGGAUGCACGGUCGGCGCCGUCGUCCCCGGAAUAUUCGCUGGGUUCCCCUUCUACACGGUGCUCGACGUCUUUGGGAACCACAAACUGGCCGUGUACCUGCCCCCCUGUUACCCUGCUCUCUAUUCCGGACGAUUUGCCAUCAACAUCACUUGGGGUUCUUUGACCUAUACGUCGGUCAAGAUCCUGGAUGCGGCCGUCAACUUCGUCCUGGGCAGAGGUUCGCAAGUGCUCUUCUCCUGGCUGUCCUACCAUCUGUUCAGCAUGGCAAUCCUUCGCAUCAUCCAGGAAAAUUGUGUGCCAUUGCAGUUGUACACUGCCAUGGCGUUCGACACGACGUCCCUCAAGGGCGCAUGGUUCCAGCUGCGGGCCGUCACCAAGGUGCACACGGUCCGUGCCAAAGUCACGCUCAUUUGGCUUGCGAUGGCCGUGGCAUAUCUCAUUGCCCUGCCCACGCUCCUCGACCUGACGACCGGCUACAUCGUCGAGUACAAGACCAUGGCCAAUAUAACGACUCCCGGGGCCUCGACGUACACAUUAGUUGAACUCAACGGUACUCAACUUUUCAGCAUCCAAAAGGACGCCUACUGUGCCAGUAACGGGGGUUGCGUCGAGCACCACCCGGGGCAGUGGACCAACGUGGUGAUCGCGGGCCAAAACAUGUCGUUCGACGCGUUCGUCGACGACAAGUACAACUGGGUCAUGCAGAGCGACAAGACGCCCAGCGGCAUCCUCCAGUGCGUACCCAGCAGCACCUACCAGUGGGGCCUGUCCAGCGGGUACCUCUGGAUCGUGUGCUUCGUCACCAGUCUGUGGGUGGUGGGUAUGUUCGCGGUGUGGAUCGACAGCUUCCGCCACGGCGUGCUCUGGCGCAGCGGCCGCGGCUUCGGGCGCUACCGGAACAUCAUCGACAUUGCCGAGCACAUCCAGUCCAAGUUCGGCGACGACCUGUGCGGCUACACGCACGAGGAGUUGGAGAAGAACAUCGACCGUCUCGACCCCGUGGGCGUCGAGGUGCUGGCGGACGGCGAGUGGGGGCAUAUCCGCCUGGGCCAGCAUCCGGGAGGCCAGCAUCUGUUAUCGACCCCCGGGCUGCAAUACGGGAGUCUUGGGAGACUCCGCCAUCGACAGGUGUCGGCGGCGACGUGGCCGCUGACCAGCGGAGGCUUUUGA